AUGAUGUCAUCCAAAGUUAGCGCAGCGAGGGCGGAGCAACCGCCGGCUUUGAUGAUGAUGUCACUUCCAUAUGACCUCAUCGUGGAUAUCGUGGCACGUGUACCGAGAUGCAAUUAUCCGAUUGUCUCUCUGGUUUCCAAGAGCUUCCAAUCACUCGUUGGGUCGUCUCACCUAUACACGAGAAGAUCUUUGUCGGGCUGCACAGAACACUGUCUCUAUGUCGUCCUCUCUAACAAUGAAACUUGUGAACAUCAUUUGUGUAUUCUUCGCCGGAAAGUCAACAGCAAUCGCGUGGUCAUUAUCCGGUCGCUUCCUUAUGUGCGUCACUCUGGGGGUUGCGAGUACGUCGCUGUGGGUUCGAAGAUUUAUGCGGUGUCCCCAUUCACUGGUAUGUUCAGCAUCGACUGUAGAUCUCACACGAUGCAGCAACUUCCCGGCAUUCCUCAGCUCAAGGACGGUAAGGUCGCUGACAUCAUCGACGGUAAGAUUUACGUAAUCACUUGGCAUGGAGUCAUGGUGUUUGAUACGGAAACUCAACCGUGGGAUCCUGUGAUGAAAAAGUUAGACGUGGAGCUACACAACAUGAGCUAUGGUUAUUCUGUGGUGGUGGAGGAUAAGAUUUACGUGAGAGAGGUUCGUAGAAGCUUUGUUUAUGAGCCAAAGGAAAGUAAAUGGGAAUCGGAGGACAGGCUGAAUCCUGAGCAAUGGGAUGACGCGUGUGUCGUUGAGAGCUUAUUAUCCAAAGCAGAGGUCCUUUAG